AUGGCGAUGGUGUUAGAUUGGAAUAAGACAAACGCAGAGACAAUAACCCACACAAUCGUCCCUCAUGUCACCACAUAUCCUAAUGGCAGUGCUGUAACAAGCCUGGAAACUAUCACGGCCAGCGCGCCAGAGGUGACGGAUUUCGUCCGCAACACCGCGGUGAUAAACGGGUGGUUCACGAUGACUUAUCCUGAGACCUGGAUUCAGUACAUAGAUUUCUGCCCAGCAACCGUGACACCGGCGAUGGUAAAGUACCUGGCGGGGCUCGAGACUGUUGUUGAGCAGAUGUCAGGCCAAGACAUCCGGACUUGCACCUUCGCGACUUGUGCUCAGACAGCUGUCGGCCACUCGAUGGUGUCCGCUUCCGUUCUGAUACAGGCAACAGAGACUGCGGAAGCCGUGCACUAUACAGCCCCAGCUCCGGUGACGACUGAGCGCGGCACGGCAGAGGCUCCCUCGCCGCCCGAAACGACACCAUUGCCCUCUUCAACGCAGCAACUGCCUAGCCCUGCUCCAACAUCAGAGUCAAAUCCUGACGAGCCGCCAUCAUCCGAGCAGCCUGCUCCUUCUCAGGAGCCACCAGCUUCUGAAGAGCCUGCUCAACCCUCGGGUCAAACGCCACCCUCGGAGCAGUCACCCAGUCCUGAGCAGCCGGCUCAGUCUUCCGUUCAAGCACUACCCUAUGAGCAGUCUCCCGCCCCGGAACAGCCCAACAACCCAGUAUCGUCUGUGGAGGUCACCAUCAUCUCGACGGAGGUGUCCAACGGUGUGACUGCUAUCACGACGCUGGUAGGCCCCGGCAGCAAUGGCGCCCCGGUUGCUCCGGCCGAGACGACGUUUGUCCGCACGGUGACACCGGAUGGGCAGACGCUAGUCCAGACCGUGAUCUCUCCGGUUGCCACCGCCUCCCCGGGCGAGGUGACGUUGGUGCAAACAGCCAACGACAACGGCCAGCCCGUCGUUCAGACACUGGUCUCGAUCCUUCCUGCUCCUGACGUCCAAGCAUCAGAGGUGACCCUCGUCAAGACGGCCACGUCAGACGGGAGCACGGUCCUGGAGACGGUGGUUUCGAUCUCGCAAGCCGCGGUUGGUGACUCCCCGGCUUCGGAGGUGACUCUGGUCAGGACAGCCACGUCUGGCGGAAGGACGGUGUAUGAGACGCUCGUCUCGAUCGCACCGGCGUCGGGAGGAGGCAACCAGGCGUCGCAGGCGCCGGAUGCACCACAGGUGACAUUCGUGAGGACGGUGACGUCCAACGGGCAGACACAAGUACAGACGGUUGUGUCUGCGGCGCCGUCGGGAGGUGCGCAAGCACAGACGACGUUCACCAGGACGGUGGUGUCAGACGGGCAGACGUACUCGCAGACAGUCGUGUCUCCUCUUGCCAGCGGGACAGCCGCAGGGUCGUCUGACGUGGGCAGCAGCGGCCCGACAAGCCCGUCUUCUACUACGGAGCCGGUUGUAACGGCCGGUGCUCCCGGGAGGUUCGCGCCAGUGGGCGUAGUUGGUGGAAUGAUGGCGCUCGGUGUGGCGAUGCUGGGUGGACUGUAG